CUCUUCGGGUAAGCGAAGCAAGAGCGGCAUCUAAUUCCUAUAUGUCUAUGGUUUUACUUAAGGUCGGUCAAAGUUUCCAGGGCUGACCUGUCAAGCUACACCCACUAAGCUAAAGUUUGCCCAUGAUGGCAUCACGGAAUAUUUCUCGGUUCUGGGAAUGGGGACGGAAGAUAAUUUGCGUGGGGAGAAACUACGCAGAACACGCAAAAGAGCUUAAAAACGCCAUUCCUACAGAGCCUGUCCUGUUCCUGAAACCGCCAUCUGCAUAUGUGAGAGAGGGCUCCCCCAUCCUGGUGCCUCUCUACAGCAGCAACCUGCACCACGAGGUGGAGUUAGGGGUGGUCAUCGGCAAAGGGGGUACAGCCAUUCCCCAGUCCGCCGCCAUGGAGCACGUAGCGGGGUACGCGCUGUGCUUGGACAUGACAGCCCGGGACAUCCAGGACAAGUGUAAGUCCAAGGGUCUGCCCUGGACCCUGGCCAAGGCCUUCAACACCUCCUGCCCUGUCAGCGACUUCAUCCCUAAAGAUCGCAUCCCUGACCCGGGGAACGUCAAGCUCUGGCUGAAAGUGAACGACCAGCUUCGGCAGAGCGGCUGCACCUCGCAGAUGAUCUUCUCGGUACCCUAUCUGAUCAGCUACAUUAGCGAAUUCAUCAGCCUGGAAGAGGGGGAUCUCAUCCUGACCGGGACCCCUAAAGGGGUCUCCGCCGUGCAGGAGCACGAUGAGCUGCAGGCUGGCAUCGAGGACGUAGUUACUAUAAAUUUCAAAGUGGAGAGACCAGACCACUAGGAGGAAGAAAUCCGCAAACUGACUGAGAGAAACCAGCAGAUGGCAACACUGAGCCACAAACUAUGAUUAUUUUCCCUAAUUGGGAUUUGGUUGAUUUAGAGAUUGCUGCGUGAUCAGGUUAAUCUAAGCCUGACUCUUCU